UUAUCCUGGUGAUUUCAUUUUAAAAGGACCAGACUGCACACUGGUCAGCUUUGGUCAUCACUUAUUCAUAUGAAUGUUAAUAUUUGUUAGUGCAGGCAGGUCUUCUUUUGACCUGAAGAUUCAGUGGGAAUCUGCGACAUCAUCAAAGAAAAUGUCCAAGAUAAAAAUUGCACUGAGUGACCUCAAAAUAGUAACCUGUUAGCAAGUUGUUUUGUGUACUUUCCUUUAUUUGCUACUUAGAAACACAACUCUGUGGACUAUGUGGAAGAAGUCAUUUUUUAAUCUUUAUUUUCCAAAAAAAGGAGAAAGCAAUUGAGUCCUCUAAGAACACACAGAGAAUGUGUGGUAAAUUGAUGGCCUGAAACCAUACGUAUGUCUUUUUCCUGGUUUUUUGCUCUCUUAAAAAAAAACUUUGAAACCUUUUGAUUGCUAUUUGCAAUAGAGCUUCUCCAACAGUAUCUAUGCAUUACUCAAAGGAAGAAUUCCUGAUUUCAAACACACUAUUCAGAAUUGACUGCCACUCGCAUUCAAGGAGCAAGGUCUUCUUCUGUCCUGAAGAUUUGAUAGGAAUCUGCAACUAUGGUCAAGGAAAACCUCCAAGAUAAAAACUGGCGACUCCUGAUUCUCAAACAACUCUGAUGGAGAACAGGACAGAAGUGACAGAGUUCAUCCUCCUAGGACUCACCAAUGCCCCAGGACUACAGGUGCCCCUCUUUAUCAUGAUCACCCUCAUCUACCUCAUCAGUGUGGCUGGGAACCUGGGCAUGAUCUUGUUGAUCCUCCUGGACUCCCGUCUCCACACUCCCAUGUACUUUUUCCUCGGUAACCUGUCUCUGGUGGACAUCUGCUACUCUUCAGCUGUCACUCCCACGGUCUUGGCUGGGCUCCUUCUAGGAGACACAGUUAUCUCCUACAAUGCUUGUGCUGCUCAGAUGUUCUUGUUUGCUGCCUUUGUCACUGCAGAAAAUUUCCUCUUGGCCUCGAUGGCCUAUGACCGCUAUGCUGCAGUGUGCAAGCCCCUGCACUACACCACCACCAUGACGACAAGUGUGUGUGUGUGUCUGACUACAGCCUGCUACCUUGGAGGUUUCCUGAAUUCCUCCAUCCACACUGGGGACACGUUCAGUCUCUCCUUCUGUAAGUCCAAUGUGGUGCAUCACUUUUUCUGUGAUGUUCCAGCAGUCAUGGUUCUCUCUUGCUCUGAUAGACAUGUUUGUGAGAUGGUUCUUGUAUAUGCAGCCAGCCUUGUGAUCUGUUCUGCUCUCCUUGUUAUCUUGAUAUCUUACAUGUUCAUUUUUCUCACCAUCCUAAAGAUGCGCUCAGGCACAGGAUACCAGAGGGCUCUGUCCACCUGUGCCUCUCACUUCACUGCUGUCUCCAUCUUCUAUGGGACUCUUGUCUUCAUGUACUUGCAGCCCAGCUCCAGUCACUCCCUGGACACAGAUAAAAUCGUAUCUGUGUUUUAUACCAUGGUCAUCCCCAUGUUGAACCCUGUGGUCUACAGCCUGAGGAACAAAGAAGUGAAGAGUGCAUUCAAGAAGGUCGUGGAGAAGGUGAAAUAUUCCCUAGGACUGUGAGCUGAACCUGGUAGCAUGCAUGGUAACCUAGCUCCAAUCCUCUCUGAUGAUCUCUGGGCACCCAGUGAGGUUGUAAGACCCACACUCAUGUUCAAUUCCAGAUCUGGCACCCUUCACUCUCAAACCUUUGUUUUUAAGAAAAAGGAAACAAAUGUUGGAAAUAUAAUACCUGAAUGAGGUUGGCUAAAAGGAAAUAUACAAUGAUUUUGUUCUGCUUGUUAAAAUGAUGAUUAAGGAGAGGGGACUUAUUUACUUUCCAUAUUCAUCUCCUCUGUCACAUUCCUCUACUAAAAUACAUAUAAAACAGGGCAAAACAAGCCAAUAACACAAGUGCCUCAUGCAACUCAUCUUGGCACAUACACAUGAGAGUGGAAUGUUAUCUAGAGGUAACUGGUUGCUAGUGUUUACUUCAAAUAAUUUAAAUAGUUGGGAUAUUAAAAUAUCAACUUAUGACUAAUGUUACUUUCUUGAUUAGUUGAGUAACUGUUUAAAUGUAAAUAUGUGCUCAUCUUAUAUUUUAUUGAGAGACACAGAGCUGAAAUAUCUUAAAUGAAUUAAUAUUUCUGAGUCAUCUUA